AGUGGAUAAAUAAAAUAUUUUGACAAUAAGUAAACACCGAUGUCAGUUUAUUUUUUACUAAAAAAACUUAAAAUUUUUGUGUCAAAAAUAGAUACAUAUUUAAGAGCAACAAAAUGGAUAAUGACCGCCCAGAAGAUAUCACGAGCAUAAUAGGAUCUCACGGAACUACUUAUAUGUGGCAGAUUUGUAGUAAAAUUUUUACAUAUAAUCUCUCCAGUCCGAUGGUUGGUCAAAUCGACGUACCUUGCAGGAAUUGGUUCUUGGACGCCUUGGAACGAUGCUCGGAUAUGGUUUUCCUUCGUCCUGAACCCAAAGUGCAUACCUGGCUUUUUGAUCAAGUAAUGAAUCUGCGCUUUUACAUUUUUCCUCGUGGUGAAACUUCCAUAACAACGAACCCCCCUCAUAUCCGCAUGCAUCCGGAAAUGCUGACGAAGUCAGAUUGCAACCAUUUGUUCGUCGAAGCAGCGAAGGACUAUAUUGAAAUUGCGCCAAGAUACAGCAUGUGUCUGGAGGACAACUUACAUUAUGUGACGUUUCUGAAAGCCCUUUUUGGGUUAUUCACAAUUUAUUUGAUAUGUCUUUUCUUGCGAAGUAUAUUUAGAAGGAAAUGGUGGAGAAUGCCUAAAGUAGAAACCUUCAAAAGGACCCCACUCACUUCAGAAGAAGAAACAUUGGAAAGGAAGAUGCGUUGGUUGAAUGAUCGAAGUCUAACACGACAGAAGUUCGAGGUGAAUCAUUUCAAAAUCGAGAAAACCAACGCCAGGAAAAUCUAUUGUGAUCCCCCAACAAUAGCAAUAAAAGUGAAAAAGAAGCAUCUUUCAGAAGCCCUAUUUUCUCUGGUAAAGACAGAUCCUAUUGUGGAUGAGCAGAGGAAUGGGUUCUCCAGGAGUGAAGUUACUAAGAGCAGGGGCUACGCAAUACACAAGCUCAAUUUAUUUCUCAAUAAUAAAACCUAUUGCCGUGUGGUGUUGGAUAUAGGUUACGAGGAGGACGACUCCGACUCUGAUCCUGGUACGCGCUUCUUUAAAAAUGGAAAGAAUUACUCAGCAGGCGAUCAACUUUGUUCUCAGUCACGGUGCAAGGAAAGUACUAUGGACGAAUCGGCAGACACUAGCUCAGCUAGCUCAAUUAAGUAUCCUUGUGAAUAUAGCAGGCCCAGACGGUACUGCAGUAAGUACAAGCACACUUACCUCCAAUCGAUAGGCUGGGGAGAGCGCGGAACAUCGUCGAUUCCCACCUAUCGGGACUCAUUGACAAGGAAAGAUUCCUCGAAUAGUGUGUCAAUUUUGCUGCGAAAGGACUCUCGCAUUUUGAACCGGAAAGCAUCAGAUAUGCAAAGGGGAAGUCGGAGCAGCACCCCUAGUGUAUCCGUGGAAGCAUGUAUAGGAAGUACCAGAAUCACAAAAGUCUAGAAGUAGUGUAAAGUGCGAGUCAUAUUUGUUAAGAUGUUUAUCUGUGAAGAAGAAAGAUAUUUGUGGUGAAGACAAUGUAUUGAGACGUGAGGUAGUGGAUUGAUUGAAGGUUAAAACCAUGUCACUGCGCAAAACAGUUGUAUCUUUAGUAGGAAUCGGUGUAAUAUCAAUAUAAUAUGUAAGAAGAUGAACGCAUCAAUAAUAAGAGAAAUUUUGUAAAUCCCAAAAUUGGUAAAUAUUUUCAAUGGAAUUUCGGUUGCCAAACCAGUCCACAUGUUGUAGAUUGAUGACAGUCGCGUAAGAGCGAGUAUCUGUUCACUGAGUAAUAAAAGUGAAUGAUCAGUUGAAAAGAAAACAGUCAUGCGUGGCCGAUGAUUCCAAAGAC